UUAAAGCACAAUUUCAGGCGGAAAUUGUUCAUAUGGCUCGCCUCGUUACCACUUCUUCACAUAAUAAUGCAUCACUCAAUGAUGCUUUCCGACAAUCCCUUCCUUAUCUACACUUUUGUAUCAUACAGUAUGCUGAGCUAUGUCUCCUACUGUAUGGAUACUAUCGAGAAGCCUGUGAGGAAGGAGGACAACACCGUGGCAAAACGAUACCUUCGAAUGAUGUUCUAUACAUUCUAUCAACCCUACCUAUUUUCCCUGAUCGUACUCUACUCGGACUUCGAGCGUCAGAUCGCUGAACGAAAACAGAAGCCCAGGGACCUACUGGGUAGUCUCUGGUUCGCUUUAAGGAUCACCUUUUGGUGGGGUGUUCUGGAACUGGCAGUGCAUUUUAUGUACCACGAAACCAUUCUCCGGAAUAUUGGAUAUUCUGAAGCUCUUUCAAAGGACACUUACUUCGCAUUGGGACUGACUUUAGGAAUAUUCUUCCAUUUGAAAUAUGUAAUCAUAUUCGGUUUGCCAUCAGUAUUUGCUCGAUUCGACAACAUGGACCCUCAACCUGGACCUAUUUGUAUCUCACGGGUCAUGCUCUUCUCCAAGGUCUGGCGAGAGUUUGACCGUGGGCUCUACCAGUUCUUCAAAACUUACAUUUUUGUGCCAAUUUGUGCCCCCACAUUUUCGUUACCACGGAAGGUUUUCGGAGUAUUCGUCUCAUACUCGUUUGUUCUGCUCUGGCAUGGUUUCUACCACCACAACAUAGUAUGGAUAAUUCUGAACAUCAUAUCCUUGCUGUUAGAGAUGAGCUCCAAGGCGCUAUACGGGGUGGAGUCGUUCCGACAUUGGCGAGAGAAAGUCAUCAGCGACGUGAACUUCCGCCGAGUUCUCGCUCUCCUACAGAUUGUACCUUUUGCAUUUGGACUCUAUUCGAAUAUCUACUUCCUGGGUGGAUCCGAAGUAGGAGCGUUAUUUGUUAAACGUAUCUUCGAUGAGGAGACCAUUCCUUUGAGGUGA